CGGUAUUGGAUGGGUACGUGCUUAGUAGAGCACGCAGAAUGUCGCGUCAAAGGCCAAGCAAAAUCGUAUCCCACCCGCUUACUAGAGAUCGGUGAGUCAGGAUUGCGGCUCGUCGAAACGCAGACGACACUAGUCACUGGACCGUACGCUGCGCUUAGUUACUGCUGGGGUCCGGAUCCUUCAUUUCUCCGUCUUACUGCUCGGAACCAAGAUAAGCUGCGGACAGGUAUCGUCGACGAUGAGCUUCCGGUAGCUUUCCGUGAAGCCAUCAAAGUUGUACCAUGCCUCGAUAUCCCGUACAUCUGGAUCGAUUCACUGUGUAUCAUUCAGAAUGGGCAGGGAAGCACGGAAGACUGGACUCAUGAAUCCGCGCGGAUGGCGGACGUGUAUUCAGACAGCAUAUUGUGCCUUGCGCUGUACCGAUCUGCGAAUCCAGAUGAAAGUACAUUCCGAGGGGGUGUGCCACGUUUUAUGCCGCCCACUGAAGUUGAAACAAUAUGUAUUCUCGACCGAAAUGAGUCCGUUCGUCAUUCCUGUGUAGUUUUCUCUUCCAGCUACUAUGAAGAUGCGCUCUAUCGCCAACCACUGGGUUCCCGAGGGUGGGCCUUGCGAGAAAGAUUGCUGUCGUCACGUGUUCUCGGGUUCGGUUGCGGAGAGUUGUUUUGGAGCUGUGCCGAGUGUCAGCAUGUGUACGAGUCGUUUCCCGGUGGGCUGACCUUCGAAGACAACUUCUUUCAAGGUCUGCAACUGACGUCAGCCCCGUCAACGUUAGAUCAAAAAGACCCUACGGGCCUCACCGCUGUCUGGUUCCGAGUUGCGGAGGAAUACACCAGCCGCGACCUCACGUUCCCAGAAUCAGACAAGCUUCUGGCAUUGUCCACUGUGGCCUUUCGGUUGGGCCAGGCAAUGGACGACAUCUGUAUUUGGGGCCACUUUAAGUAG